GGCCUGGUAUAUAUGCCUGAGGAACUGUACAAGAUGAUCCUCAGACUUAGAGCAAUCAACUCGCCAUCAUGGCCACGAACACGUCCCCGAAGAGUGCGCUCAAUAUCGUCAUGGGAUGCAUGACGUUUGGAGAUCCAGGCACUGAAGCCGUUCGCGUCUCUGACCUGAAAGAAAUCGAGGCGAUCAUCGACGCGUUCGCGGCUCACGGACAUACCGAGUUGGACACCGCUCGUAGCUAUGGAGGCGGUAGUGCCGAGUCCUACCUCGCCAAGAUCGACUACGCCAAGAAAGGUUUGAAAGUCCUGAAAGUCCAGACGAAGUUGAAUCCCACUGCGCACAUCCCAGUGGAGCGAAGGGUUGGCAUGGUCGGGAAAGAAACCAUCUCGCAUGGGCCGGAGGACCUCCACAAGUGGCUCGAUGUUUCCCUAAAGCAAUUGAACACAGACUGUGUCGAUUUGUGGUAUCUGCACUCCCCCGACCGCACGACUCCUUACGAGGUUACGAUGAAAGCCGUGAAUGAACUUUACAAGGAGGGCAAGUUCAAGCGCUUCGGUCUCAGCAGCUACAUGUCAUGGGAGGUCGCACAGAUCUGCGAGAUUUGCAAGGCAAACGGAUACAUCCAGCCGACUGUGUAUCAAGGGUUUUACAACGCUCUGCAGCGUGCCGUGGAACCGGAGCUCUUUCUCUGCUUGCGCAAGUACGGCAUUAGCUUCUACGCCUUCAACUGCCUGGCCGGCGGCUUCUUCACCGGCAAGUAUCUCUCCAAGGAAGAUCAAGCCGAACCGGGCUCGCGCUUUGACGAUAGCCGUAUGCUGGGCAAGUUCGUCCGCAGCCUCUACUGGAAUGAUCCCUACUUCAAUGCCGUCACCUCCAUCAAGAAAGCCGCGGACAAGCACGGCCUCUCAAUGGUCGAAGUCGCGCUCCGUUGGGCCUCGCAUCACAGCGCCAUGAAACGCGAAUUUGGCGACUCGAUCAUCAUCGGCGCCUCCAGCUUGAAGUACAUUGAGCAGAACCUGAAUGAUUUAGAGAAAGGCCCGCUACCCGAAGACGUCGUUAACGCAGUGAACGAGGCCUGGAACAGUGUCAAAGGCUUGGCCCCACCCUACUACCGCUGA